GGUGACGGCGGCGCCGCUCGGGCGAUGCUGAGCCUGGGAAGAUGGCGCGGCCCCAGAUCAUCCACAGCGGCCAUUUCAUGGUGUCGGAGCCCCACGCCGAGCCCGAGCCGGACCCGGACCCCGAGGUGGGCCUGAGCCAGGGCGGCCACGACGGGCCUCCAGGGCCACGCGCGGCGGGGAAGGCCUCCGGGGAUGACAGCGGCAGCGGCGGCGGUACGGCGGACGAGGGGACGUGCCUGGUCUACCGCUACGGGCCCCGGAGCAGCGGAGCCCUCAACAUCGACGCCUCGCUCACCAAGCUCUUCCAGUGCAUGACCCUGGCCUACAGUGGAAAAAUUGUCUCUCCCAAAUGGAAAACCUUCAAGGGAUUGAAGUUGCUGCAACGUGACAAGAUCCGUUUGAACAAUGCCAUAUGGAGGGCCUGGUAUCUCCAGUAUGUGGAGAAACGGCAGAAUCCUGUGUGUGGUUUUGUGACUCCACUGGAAUACAGUGAUGUAGAUGAGCACCGCAAGCCUGAGGCUGUCAUCAUGGAGGGAAAGUACUGGAAACGGCAAAUUGGGGUUGUUAUUAGGGAGUAUCACAAAUGGAGGACAUUUUUCCAUACCCGGGUACAAAAGAAGCUGGAUAAACUAAUCUGUGGUCCUACUCAGGAAGCAGCCAGUGCUGUUUCAGGAGUGGAGCUGAACAGUGAAACGGCAGGUGGAAGUCCCAUGGAACUUGACCCCUUGCAUGAUCUGGAAGCAUUUCUAGAUGCCAUCUACUCCAGCCGCAACCCUUACGGUGGCCCCAACAUACGUGGCCUUGCUCACCAGGGUAAUGCAGACAUGAUCCAACCCACCCUGACCCAACUGCACCCAAUCUUUGGAGAGGAGUUCAUGGACACCUUGGACCCUAUUCAUGUCAGUCUAGCAAAUUCUCAUUCUAUCUGUCAUGGUUUCCAAUGGUUCAACCUUGCUUCUAGUGCCAUUUCUGUUUCUUCUGAUUCCUUUGAACUUUUCCCAUCUGUUUCAACAAACACUGCAAAGAAAGAAUUCAUCGAUUCUUGUCGUUCUCAGCCUGCAAGCCAGGCUUCUGCACUGUUGACAGACCCUACUGCCUUGCCUGACCCAGAUAUGCCUGCUGUUGCCCCUGGUGCUACCAAACUCCCACCUCCUGGAGGCUCUCUCAUGCCCCUGCCAAUUUCGCUGGAUGUGGAGCCACCUGCACCUCUGAAUGGACAGCAGACUUUCCUCCCGUUCUUCCCCACUUCUCCACAGAGGACCAGUCCUCCACCAGCCACUUCUGUCUUGCAAGUACAGCCUCAAACAACCUUGGUCUUCUCCGUUAUCACACACACCGGAUCAGAAAAGGACUCCUUACCCUCAUCAUGCCCACCUGGGGGGACUUUUGCUGUACCCAUCUCUGCUCCCACAGCCAAGAGUGGGAGGUGCAAACAGUUGCAGCGGAUUGCUUCAGUUCCCUCCUCUAGUCAACAGCUAGCACCUCCCUGUACCACCCUCACCCACCUACUUACAACUGGUCCUGCCCCACUGCCCCUCACUUCAGUCAUGAAUUCUGCACAGGCUUGUGGCACCCAGAAGCUCUCUGCAGAUGCCUUACUCAGCUCAGUUUCUGUCACAGAAAAGUUUCCUUUGCCUGCCCCUGCCUUCGCUGAUACAGGUACCAAAACUAGUGAGAGAGCUGAGGAGAAAAUUCUCUACAGUCCCCAGGAAAUGUACAAGCAUCACUCUGCCAAGGGAAGCUGUCUCUCCAGUUUUGCUUCUUCUGAUUGUGCUCGCCGUAUGAUCAUCAGUUCUGGCUUCAACACUCUUGCUAGUCUGGUGCUGCCUGGGUCUGAUCAGACCAAUGCUAAGCUCAGCAAAGCACUGUUACUGCAAAAGAGUGUAGCUUACGUCAGAAGAUUGCAGCAGGAGCGCCGACAAGCUCAGGAGACAGUAGAAAGACUACGAAAUGAGAUUGAAGAGCUGAGCACUGACAUUGAAGGGUUCCAGCGCCAGCUUCCACCUAAUGGAGCGCCUGUGUUACCUCGACAAUCAGACCGGGCUUCUCAGCUCUAUGAAGAAUAUGUGCGCCAGCGCACCUUGCAAGAUUGGCGCUUCUGGCUUUUCAGCAUGGUGAUUAAGCCUCUGUUUGAGAGCUAUACUAGAACAGUGAACACAGGCAGCAUCAAGGAAUUCCGCAGCUCAGUGUUGAGCUGGUUGGAGCAGCACUGCACCUUGCCCCUCUUGCGUCCUGCUAUCUCUGGCUCCCUUUUAAAACUCAGCAAGAUCACCUCCAUAUUGACUCAGCCAGCCCAAUUGCCUGAACAAGCCCUUCAAGCAGUAUCUUGCCCUCCACACUGCAAAGGCAACAGCUAGGAUGAAGACUGGGUCCAUUUGUAUGUGAAUCUCCUAGACUACGCCAGAUGCUGUCAGGACAGCAAACAGGACCUCUAACUCAGGGAUUCCUUUGUCUUGCAAAGAAUGCUGUUCUAUGUGGCAGUACUGGGGCUCCUGAAUGCUAGAUCAGGCAGUCUCUCACGUUUCAUUUUGGUGCUGGCAAUCAUCUUGACACUUGGUCUUUUGCAGAACAAAGUUUGGACUUCACAUGGUAGAGUGAGGGAUGUAGAGGCAUGGAGUCAGAAUAUAGAUGAAGUCUCUUAGAAGUUGGGUGCCAGGCAUGGCUUCAGCCACUUUUGGAACUUGGAAUAGCAAAGAGGUUGGAGUGCUUUCCCUUUCCACUGCCCACCAGAGGGCAGUGAAGUGUCUUGUAGGCACUCUUGUUACAGAGUGUAUACUGUAAUUAGUGGCUCUGUUUCUUGCUGAAUGUGAGAAUACUCUAGCAAUCUUCACAACAAUCUUUUCAUGGUUAGGGAAGAAUUCCCUAUGUGCUACAGUAUGAUGGAAAAUUUCUGCCAUGUAAUCUUAUCUGGCAACCUCUUCUAAGUACAGUUCAUCCAUUUCCCCCAUUUUCAUUCUAGUUCAGAGAGCUUACACAGGAGUGUGCAUUUUCAAGGCAUCUGCUGGAUUUCUGCCUGAGAACAGGAUAUGGCUUCUAGUUCAUCUGAAUUAUUUAUGCUUGGAGGGAUUUCUCCCCCAAACACACAUACUGUAGCACAUAGGGAAUUUAUAACUUUAUAACCAGAAUGGAAAAUUUGAAUUGCCUGGGGGCAGGAGGCAGAUUUGGACUCUUUGAUAGGUAAGGGUUGUUUCAUAGUUAUACAUUCUAUUCAGGCAUAAGCCCAUUUAGCUCAGUGGGGCUUACUUCCUAAGCAUUACACAACUCAUUCCUCCUGCUUUCUUGCAUUCCCCAGCCUAGCUUGCUUGCCUCUGCCUCUGUUACAGAUUACAUAGAAUCAUGGAGUUGGAAGAGACCACAAGGACUAUCUAGUCCAACCCCCUGCCAAAGCAUCCACGAUAGAUGGCAAGCCUCUGUUUAAAGACCUCCAAAGAAGGAAACUCCACCAC